CUCCCCUGUGAAAGUCAAAAGAGCGUUAAAGUCCAUUUCCAUCCCAAACUGUGGACUUUAAUUAAGAAGAGAUCUAGAACUGGCCAAAUCUAAAACCCUAGUUUAUUUGAACAAUCUGCAGAUUUCGCAUUAUCAAUGGCGGUGCCGGUGGUGAGGUUUCCGAUUUUCCUAUUGGUGAGAGUGAUCGGAAUUGCGGUGGCAGCGUUGGUGUUGACAUGGACUGUCCAUUACAGAGGAGGUUUAGCACUCAUUUCUGACAACAAAGCUCUCAUCUUUAACGUUCAUCCUGUUUUAAUGGUAAUCAGCCUUGUCCUUCUAAAUGGUGAAGCUAUGCUAGCAUACAAGACAGUGUCAGGAACAAAGAGCUUCCGAAAAUCAGUUCAUCUUUUCCUGCAGUUCAUGGCUUUCUUUUUGAGUCUCAUUGGUCUAUGGGCUGCUUGGAAGUUUCAUAAUGAUAAAGGAAUCGACAACUUUUACAGCCUUCACUCAUGGUUGGGCCUAGCUUGCCUUUUUCUAUUUGGUGUCCAGUGGGCUGUUGGUUUUGCAACUUUCUGGUAUCCAGGUGGUUCAAGGAACAGCAGAUCGACUCUUCUACCAUGGCACGUCUUUUUUGGCAUCUAUAUAUAUGCCCUUGCUAUUGCUACUUGUGCUACUGGCUUCUUAGAGAAAGCUACAUUCCUUCAAGCAAGCCAUAUAAUCUCACGCUACUCCACCGAGGCAUUGCUAGUGAACUGCUUGGGUGUCUUGAUUGUUGUUUUGGGUGGAUUGGUUAUUCUCGCUGUCGUCUCUCCAAUGAAUGGAAGAAGUGACAUUCUAAGAGAACCAGCAGAAUAAACACAAGUCGAUGUGUAUUUGAAACUUCAAUUUUGAGAUAGAGGUUUUAUCAAACUUCAUGUAUGGAAGGGUUUAAUUUUAUUUGAUAAAGAGAGAUGUAGAAAAUGUUUUAUAUGAUCAGGUAACAUUCAGGAGUUGUGCAUUUUCUCAAGUUGAUGAAUAUUUAUACAUCAUAUUGUCUUUCACGCAUCAAA